AAGAUAGUGUAUUGAUUCAUUCGUACAAUUUUGACACAUGCGCUCAUUGGUUGCCACAAAAUAAGGUUUAGCCAACUGUCCGAAUCAGUGUCGUUCCGGUCGCCGUUGUCGUGGAGUCGGUGAAGUUAGUGGUGGAAUUUUUACGUGAAUAACAUCAAAAAAUGGCGUCUGGUGUAACAGUUUCGGACGCUUGCAAAACUACGUACGAGGAAAUCAAAAAAGAUAAGAAACACCGCUAUGUAGUUUUCUACAUCAGGGACGAGAAGCAGAUCGACGUUGAAACCGUCGGAGAACGUAACGCGGAGUACGACCAAUUCCUUGAGGAUUUGCAGAAGGGUGGCACCGGGGAGUGCAGAUAUGGUCUCUUCGACUUUGAAUACACGCAUCAGUGUCAAGGCACGUCGGAGGCGAGCAAGAAACAGAAGUUGUUCCUCAUGUCGUGGUGCCCAGACACCGCCAAGGUCAAGAAGAAGAUGUUGUACUCUAGCUCCUUUGACGCCCUGAAGAAGUCACUGGUCGGUGUACAGAAGUACAUCCAGGCGACUGACCUCUCCGAGGCCUCCCAAGAGGCCGUCGAGGAGAAGCUUCGCGCCACCGACCGCCAAUAAGCAUUUAAUAUCAAACGUCGCAUCGCAGGCAACAUCACGAUGUACAGUCGAGCAAAACGUUGAAUGCAAAAAAUCGCUCGAAAUAUACUCCAAAAAUAAAUUCCAAUGGGACAUACGACAUGAUCUCAAAUAAGUAAUUGAGUAUUAUUGAACUAUUAUUUGUAAAAUAUAUGACUCGAUAGUAUUAAAAAAUUAGUCAUUUUUAUAACGAUUGUUAAUCAAUAUCCGUUGACGAUUUUGCUUGUCUGUGCACAUUCAAUACAGAUAAUUUUAUACUUUGAAGGUCGCGAUGUGGCUCUGGUUCUAUUAUAUAAUUUAUCCUUAAGCUUUCCGAUGAGCGGUCAUCAGUCGGCAUUUUGUACAGAUAUAGUGAAUUAAACUAUAUUACGAUGGACCGACGCGCGAUAAAUAGCAUAAGGGAUGUUUAUGUAAUAAUUUAAAUUAUACUAAUUAUUAUAUAUAUUUUUCCUAUAAAAUAACUAAAGAGUAAGUUAAGCUCAAACUAAAUUAAAUUCAGUGGCGCGUGUGCGUGAUUUUUUUAUUGAAAUAAAGGUUAAAUACCAAUCAGCUUUUAUACUUAGAUGUAAAAAUAAAUGUUCAUAUGAACGCCUAGUUUUCAUUUGGAAAUCAGUGUGCUAAUGUGCAGUUAGCUUGUAAAUUCAGCUCGGACCCAGCGGGCGGAGUAAGUAUUUUGUAACCAACUUAUCCAGAAAUACACUUGAUAUAAGUGAA